UUUCAGGACACAGACGGCCAGUUUCGUGUAUAAACUGGGGUUGCAUCCCGUCUAGCUGACCUUUUCAUCAAACAUCGUCUCACCAACUUGACGUCUUCAACCACUAUCGUCUUCACAAAAAACUUUUCCCAGUCAUUGCCAUGUCUUCCAGCCAAGCCCAAAAACAUUCCCUCGAGCGGAAGGAUGUUAUGCGCGCUCUUAUUGAGUCGCGAAGGCUGUACGGGAAGGAACUGGUUGAGCUGUCGUUAACCAACACGGCCAUCUACCGGUUAGUAUACCUAGAGAAGAGGCUUUACAUAAUCAGACAUGUUCCCUUCCACGCCCAACGCAAGAACCCGAUGUGGUGCUACAUUGAACGCGACAUGCCCGAAGUCCUGAAGGAGGCACUCGAGUUGGCCGAGUUCGAGGAUGACAAGCGAGGAGACGUACACCGCCCUCACGAGCAAGCCCGCUCCCCUGUCGCCGUGGCCUGGCUCUCGCGCCGCUUGCCCAAGGAUACUGACUACAUGUCAAUUCUUGUCGAGCAGUGCAGCAUCAAGUACACCCAUCCCGCCGUCGUCGAGACCACGAUGGACCUUAUCCCCCCUGAGAUAAUGCGCAACGUCAGCCCCACCCCCUCGAGGCCAAACACUCUCACCCACGCCAUCGCGGCCGCGGCGUCCGUCCUCCACAUCCCCUUGACUGACCUUCUCUUACGUCGAAAGCCGACAGUCUUCUUCAAAGACGGCACCGCCCUGUGCAGCACAACCGCGCCUAACCCGCUCCACAACGCCCUCUCCUUCGCCUUGCCGGGGAAGCCCCAGGAGAAACCUCGCCGCUUCUGUCUCCGGGUCUACCCUCUUCACCCAGAAGACUUCGAGACACCCGGUCCCCCCGACAUAGCCAAGCUCAAGAAAGACUGGAUCCACGAGGCCCGCCAAACCGCCUUCUUGAUUCACGCCGCAGUUCUCUACCUGCUCGAACAGGCAAAAGUCGAGUUGCAGGGCGCCGCCUCCUCUAGCAAAGGCAACAAGCCAAAACGACAACAACAGCCUCCCGGCCCUAACCAACAACUAUUGACCGAUCUGCUAGACACAGCAACGCUAGUCUACCUGCACAACCUGCGCGAGUUUUUGUUGAACAAUCUCACCUGGCUCCUCUCCGACGUCGACAGCAACAACAAUAUAAACAAGCUGAGGGACGACCUCCUCACCCCUGCAAGCGCCGCCCGCAAAACAAUCUGGUCCAGCACCCCCCUGUUCACCGCCCUGAACAAAAACCACCUCCUCCGUCAACAGCAGCGUGCGCAACGAAUCCGCAGCCAUCCGGAGAUUAAGGAAGUGCCGAAGCUGGAGGAGAUUGACUUUGAGAAGCUUGAGCGCAGUGACUUUGAGAAAAUUGACUGGAAGAAUCUUAAUCCGUGGGAGUGGGAGGGGGAGCAAAAGCAAGCGGAAAGGGAGUUAGCUGCGGGCAACCUGGGCGAGACCGCGCUUGACGUGACCUGGCGGGAGGGGCUCUUUGGGGCAGUGGUGCGUAAAAAAUUGCAGAGGGAAGGGAUUGUGCUGCCGCACAAAGUGGAUGAGAUUUGGGGAUUGUUAGUUACGGAAACUCAGAAGACGCGGGAGAUGGCAGGAAGGUACUUGAAGUUGGUGGAGGGAAAGAAGAAGACGAAGAAGACGGUGGGAGAGGGGGAUAAGGUGGAUUUGUUGUGGGAGUUGCUUGUUGCUGAGGAGAAGGCCGUUGUUGAAGGUGAGGAUGAGGUUGAGGCUGGGGUCGAGGGGAAGAGUAACAACUCCCGGCCGGCUUUGGACAUUGACACAGCCUCGUGGACUGGGAUCGGCCCCGAGGAGGCGACCGACUCAGGAAGCGAAACGGUUCUCACGCCAUCCUCAAACUCCGACUCUGACAACGCACCCUGCACUGAAAGACGAGAUUUUACCGCGCCAGCAGCUACAUAUUAA